GGCUAAAUGCUUUGAGACUUCAGCAAGGAAAGGGUUAAGAACAUUUUCUAUGCUAUAGCUGUCAUGCGCUUGGACAGUUAACAGCCGUGUGCCGAGUCUGUUGGCAGUUGGGCGGCGGCCAUCUUAGGAGGAUGAGCAGAGUGGAACAGGACCUAGGAGCAGAAGGUGCUGAGCUGAUUUGGUGGUGUACAUGGUGACCAAAGGAGACUCCUUACCUGAUCUUCAAUAAAUCAGAGUCCAGCAGCUGACAAAGAGAGUGUCUAUGGAGUGCUGAGCUGAUUUGGUGGUGUACAUGGUGACCAAAGGAGACUCCUUACCUGAUCUUCAAUAAAUCAGAGUCCAGCAGCUGACAAAGAGAGUGUCUAUGGAGUGCUGAGCUGAUUUGGUGGUGUACAUGGUGACCAAAGGAGACUCCUUACCUGAUCUUCAAUAAAUCAGAGUCCAGCAGCUGACAAAGAGAGUGUCUAUGGAGUGUAACGGAUUCAAAUGGGUUCCCUGGAGUACAGAUUUGACCUUAGGGAAAGAAGUCACAAGUGCAAGGUCUGUGCAUGAACUGGUGAUUUGUCUCAGGAUCAUUCUGGAAGAUCCAUGUUUCAUCACAGAUGUGAAUUGAGAUGGAAGGCUUAGGGGAAAAGAAACCUUGGGGGAAGCUGAGCAGACUGCUGGGAGCUGAGACUGAGGCUUCCUCUGAGCUUUUCCUCUGUAAAAAGCAAUGGACAAUUGGAAGGAAGAAAGGCUGUGACCUCUCAUUCCCUGGCAACAAGCUGGUCUCUGGAGAACACUGCAAAAUCACAGUGGAUGAGGAAUCUGGGCUUGUUUCUUUAGAAGACACCAGUACUAAUGGCACCGUAAUUAAUCAGCAGAAGGUACUAAAGAAACAGUCCUACCUGUUAAAGAAUGGUGACGUGAUUUAUGUCGUUUACAGGAAAAAUGAGCCAGAACAAAAUGUUGCAUAUAUGUACAAGUCCUUCAAUGCAGCACAAGACUAUAUGCAAGAAUCAACAGAUACCUCAGAAGAAGCAGAUGAGACUCAGACUUUGUCUUCCCUUCAAGACUCUUCAUUGACCUGUGAGGAACCUCAGCCUUCCACCUCCACAUCUGACCUCUUCAGCACACCCACUACCUCUGCUCAUGAGCCAGAUUCUACCGUGCAAGUUCAGCCAUCCCCAGCAGAGAUCGUCUGUGCAGCAAAGCAUCAACAUGACCUGCGGUCCAAAGCAGCACUGGGCGGUCAGAUUAUCUCGGUGGAGACCAGUGACACAGCUGAGAUCGCUCUUCCUAAAUCUGUUACAGAACAGGAUCAUCCUCUUCCUCCUCCCAAAAAAAGGCUGAAAAUUGAAACAAGCAGCCCAAGUCCCCGUUAUCCUGCCCCAGCCAGUGAUGCAAAAGGUGCAAAUGAAGAUGCUAAAUCGGCUAGCUUGAAACCAGACAAGAUGGAAGAGACACUGACCUGUAUUAUUUGCCAAGAACUGCUGCAUGACUGUGUCAGUUUGCAGCCCUGCAUGCACACAUUCUGUGCUGCCUGUUACUCUGGGUGGAUGGAGCGUUCGUCCCUCUGCCCCACCUGCCGGUGUCCGGUUGAACGUAUUUGUAAAAACCACAUCCUUAACAAUCUAGUGGAAGCCUAUCUGAUCCAGCACCCAGAGAAAUGCCGCAGUGAGGAAGACAGGCGCAGCAUGGAUGCACGGAACAAGAUUACACAAGAUAUGCUGCAGCCCAAGGUGCGUCGGUCAUUCUCCGAUGAAGAGGGUAGCUCUGAAGACCUGCUUGAGCUGUCGGACGUUGACAGUGAAUCCUCAGAUAUUAGUCAACCCUACACGGUCUGUCGGCAAUGCCCAGGAUAUGGUAGACACAUGCAGCCCCCACCUUAUCCACUACCCAUUGAAACGGAAGCAUUACGGACUUUAGGGGACGCCCCUUCUACCUCUGCCAACUUUCCUGCAGUUGCCCAGGAAUAUGUAUGCACUUCCCAAGGAAGUCAUGUGAUCUGUACCUGCUGCUUUCAGCCAAUGCCAGACAGGAGAAGCGAACGGGAGCAGAAUCCACAUGUGGCCCCUCAACAAUGCACUGCCUGUUUGCAGCCUUUCUGUCACAUGUACUGGGGAUGCCGCAGAAUGGGCUGCUUUGGCUGUUUGGCUCCAUUUUGUGAGUUGAAUCUCGGAGAAAAAUGUUUGGACUCUGUGUUAAACAAUAACAACUAUGAGUCAGACAUUCUAAAGAAUUACCUGGCAUCCAGGGGCUUAACGUGGAAAGACUUAUUAAGUGAGAGUCUUGCAGCUGUUCAGCGGGGAGUUUUCAUGCUUACUGAUUACAGGAUAAAUGGAAACACUGUGCUCUGCUACUUCUGUGGCCUACGUAACUUUAGAGAUCUAACCUACCAAUACAGGCAAAACAUCCCACCUACUGAGUUACCAGUGGCGGUGACAUCACGGCCAAACUGCUACUGGGGACGAAACUGCAGAACUCAGGUCAAAGCACAUCAUGCUAUGAAAUUCAACCACAUCUGUGAACAAACCCGCUUCAAGAACUAAGUCUGGGAUCAUCUGCCAUCAGUGACGCCUUUAAGGUCACCUGUGGAACUAUACUACUUUAUUCUCAGAAACGAAGAGUCAUCUGGGCAUCAGAAUAUCUGUCCUCGUGUCUUCUGCAGCUCUCCAUUCCUGAUUUUCAAGACUGUGUACACUCUUUAGACAAAUGCUUUUGGAGUAAUAAGAAGGUGGUGGCAGCUUAAUUGCUGUUAAUUUUCUACAUAGUUACAAUGGUUUUAAGAUAGAGAAAAGGUGACUGAUAAUAUUAUGCAAUGCAAGAUGUCUUUCUUCCAGUUAAAUGCAUGUAAAUAAUGGUGUAAACAUUGGAACGAUCUGUUCAAUGUGGGUUUGUAUUACAACUUUUUUGCUGAACAUCGCUGCUGUUGAUGGACAAUAUACUAUUGUAUAUAACCUUUUUGGCUUUUUGGUUAAUUUUACUUAUUUAAAAAAAAAAAAAGUGACUACAGUGCAGGUUACUCCCUAGUCUCUUUCUAUUCAAGGAGAUUACGUACAUUUACAGCCAUCAGCUUGUUGUGCACAUAACCAUUAAGUUAAUUCUGCUUCUCUUUUCGGCACAAGGGUUAGAAUGAGGUGAAUUAUUAGUUCAUUCAUCUAAUGCAGUCCUGGAAAGAUCCUGCUUUGCACUGUGCUGUCUGUGUAUGUGACCUGCAUAACAAGAUAUUUGUGUUGCUUGUGGUUUAUGCCUGCAAGACAUGUGAUUUACAUAUAUGUGUACUCUCCCCUUUCAUACCAUCCUUUUUUUCUAUGGAUUAUCAAUAUGUUACAGUACUCUAUAGUACAGGGAACUGAAAAUGUUUUAGUAAAUGUUUAUACCUCAAA